UGCAUGUCACCAGCCAAUCCCAUGGCCCGCUAGAACCACGAAACGAAGGGUGCACUUCGCAUUCGAUGUCCAACUUCUUUAUCAACGCCUCUACACUAUCCAGGCUACCCUAUAAACCAGCACUCCUCAAAUACUGCUCGAUCGUCCGAGCCACAGUCGAGCCCUAGUUUCUAGGACUAUGAGAUUCAACUCUCGUGGCGUUGAAGACUUGCACCACUCGCCAUGGAGGCGCGACUUGAAAUCGAUUCAGCUGGCCGCGAAUUCGAUCAAUGGCUCGACUGGAAUGGUUCUGUCAACAACUCAUCUAGAGGUCCUGUCGAUGAAAGGGCGACCAUUGCCCCGGAAAACAUCUCUCACCUUCCUAUUUCUCCAUCCUCGAGUACCAACGGCGACGUUCAUCUUUCCCUCCUGAAAACCGACCUCCUCACCGCCCCUUCACAACAUGAACUAUUGACACCCCGGCAUAGUUCGGGUUCUCCGGAUUCGCGAUCUAGCAUGGAGAUGAGACUGAGCGGAGACACCUUACGAGAAGCAGUCCCUUCCAUCGAGCGGCCAAUGUUGAAGCGAAAGUUGUCGCCCUCUGAUGUGCCGAUUACGGACUCUCGUUACGACGCACCCACUCCAGCUGCGAAGAAACGGCCACACAACAUAAUCGAGAAGAGAUAUCGCGCAAAUUUGAAUGACAAAAUUGCAGAGUUGCGGGACAGCGUGCCCAGUUUGCGUACUACCAAGAAGUCAAAGACUAAGGACUCGGUCAAGGAGGACUCGGAUGAGCAGGACCUGGACGGCCUAUCUCCCAGCAAUAAACUCAACAAAGCUUCUAUUUUGACCAAAGCUGUUGAAUACAUUCGACACCUCGAAUUUCGCACCAAGCGACUUGAGGAAGAAAACAAAUCACUCAAAGAACGGCUGGAAACUCUCGAUAAAGUCAUUGCUCAAGGUGGCCAUGACGCCCAAAGAGCUGCCGCCUUCACCAGCGACACGGUCAUAGAGCAGACUCCUUCUGACUCGCAUCCCACAUCUCCAUCUUCAGACUCCAAGCAAACUUCCUCAAAUCCACCACAGGGUUUGAUUUCCCUGCCAGACAGCUGGCGACGACUACGACAGAACCAGUCACAAGAACACUAUGGCCAUAUUUAUGACACCCCAUCAAACCGUUCCAAGUUGUUGAAGGGGAAAUGGCCAACUCGAGUAAUGCUAGGUUCGCUGGCAGGUCUCAUGAUCAUCGACGGACUCAACGAAAGCGAUACAGGCACAGAGUCACGAGAGAAAGGUCUAUUUGGCAUCCCUCUCGAGCUCCUCGACGGUUGGCAAUUUCUACAGUCACCAAAAGUCUACUUGGCAGCCUUCAGUCAAUUUUGUCAAGCGGGUGGCGUUUUCCCUUUGAUCAAGGGCUUCGUCGCACUCACAAUUGUUGCCUUCCUCGUGUUCUCAUAUCUAUUCAACUCGAAACCUGGGUUCAAGCAGGAUAUCGAGGAGGCUGGUCCGAUCUCACAGGCCCCAGCACCGGCAUCCCCCAUCGAGGUCAGACGCCGAGCUUGGAGCACUAGCAUGCAGGAGCUGCGACUUCCUCAUCACAGCUUCUUCCCGGAAUGGCUUGCCCUUACUUCCGAGUGGCUCAAGUAUACUGUCGGCUGCCUAUUCGGACCUCGAGCCUACGCUUGGUUGACCGGGCGUACCGCCGAAGAUGACGUGGCUCGGAUCAAAGCUUGGGAUAUUGCCAUUGAUGCCCAAUUGGCCGGUGGGGAUGUCGAAGUCAGCCGCAGCAGAGUUGUCCUAACGAUUUUUGGUUCAGGCACUCUACCCAGUACGCCUUUGCGGUUGAUGCUCAAAGCACUUCAUUGUCGGGUUCUCUUGUGGAACGUGGGCUCAUUCGGCACGGCCGUUUCCAGAGUGGCUAACCGGGUUGGGAAAUUCCUGGCUUGCCGGCAAUGGAGUAGAGCCAAGGAGACACACGAUAAUCUGCCCCUGCAUCAUACCGAUCGGCUGCCAACAUAUCUUUCGGAAAUGCUGGAAAUGCCGUGCGACGAUGUUGUCUUGGAUACGGUUUGCCAAAGAGCUUACAAUUUGAUGUAUGACCGGCCAACCCAGGAAAAUGCUUCCAAUGCAUUGAUGGAUGUGGUUGUGGAAGAUCAUGCCGUCCGGUCACCUCUAGAUGCGAUCGCUGCUUGGAGGUCCACAUAUUCUCUGACACGGGCUGUCGAAUUGUCCCUCCAGGACACGGAGCCCGAGUCCCUGCAGCAACACCUCUCAUGUGCGGUCAGACUUGCCCCACCCGGUUCAGCCGUCGAGUUACGUGCUCUGGCGGCAAGCUCGGUGUUCAGCAGCACCCUCCGAAGCGCCUGUUUCCCGCGUGCAUCAAAAGCGAUGGAGGCCGCGUUAUCGCCAACCCCAGCCGCUACGAUGCAGCCCCCUUAUUUCAUCGAUUCUUCGACACCGGUCUCGGCCAGAACCGACAUCUUGAAUUGCUUGCAUUGUGCCAAAACUCUGCAGAUCUUGGAAUGCGAACGUGACGAGGACAAAGCUGUAGCUUACUUUUGUUCGAGAAAUGUCGACACCACAAACGCUAACUUGUUGUCGAAAGCCGCCGUGGCUUGCGUCCUGCGGCGACUACCUGCCAUCACUAGUUCAGCUUCUGCUGACCGAGAAGAGGUCCGAAUCCUACCACGCGAUUUCGGUCAAGAAGCUGACUCGUUGCCGCAACGCAGCAUGGAGAAGUCGUCGAGAAGGUAUAGCACCUUAAGUAACGAUACUGGCUAUGAAAGCCAGGAUGAUCUCACGUCCUCGGGGGGUUUAGAUCGGGACGUUCGUUUGAAUGGACAUGAAACGUUGGCGCUGGCGUCAGAUGAGUUUGUUGUCUGAACAUGUAUAUAUCUUAUGUCCGAUACGAGGAUGCCUAUAGUUGGGCGGUGUUCUGGUCACAUACAGAACCAUUGUGCAGCAAUGUACUGAUCAGCAUGACCACAGAUAAGUCUAAGACUCUAAUGCCAUAUAUGUCAGUGGUUAUACUUGCAAGAAUACCUGUAGUUCAUACUGCUCCCAUUCAGGAGAGUUGAGUUGUAUCUAAAUGUCUUCAAAUGACGUCGAAUUUCAUGCCAUAGUGUGAUAUGACUUCAUUCUUCUUCAUUCGACUUCCACCUUCAA